AUGAUGGGAUACACUCUAGUACCAAAGAUAAUUUCCCAUCGUUAUAGCAAGAAAGCAGCCUUGAAAGAUGCCGUUAGAAGUGAAAUGGGUAUGGCAUUCAAGACACAUUUAAUGAACGUUUAUGCAGAUUUUAAGUCAUAUUUAUUUGAGUAUAAAAAAACGACUCUCUUAUUAUAUUCUAUAUUUGUAGCUAUUGUAAUCCAUGAAUAUGGAUCUGCGGAAGUUCAUGCACGUCAGUCUGACUUACCCAUCUUGGAUAUCUCCCCUAUGUCAUUUGACAAUGUUUCUGUUGACAGUGAGGUCGAUGAAAAUUUCAAUGAAAUUGACGUUGAGCAUGAGAGCAAUGAGACUACCGAAGAUAUUGAUGAUAUUAAAGUUGAAGAGAGAUACAAUGGCCUACUCAAGAAUAUCAGUACAAACGGCAAGGACGGUUUUGAAGCCGCGUUUAUGAGAUGCUUUGUUGAAGAUAUAUACAAAAGUGAUUUUGUCAAUUCUGCUCUUACAUGUCCUACUCAAGCUCCCUUUCUUCCUGUCUUCUCCAAACUCGUCUGUUUAUCCACACCUGUCCUAACCUUGUCAUCUGCCUCCUCCACAAUUGUUCAGCCACCAUUGAUUUUAAUUAUUAUCAUUGGCAAUGAACCUCUCCCGUCUACAUCCUUCCCACUUUCAGUUAGUAAACCUUCUUCAAUGGGUGAUAUUGAUUAUCCCUACUUGUUGCAAUACUACAAACUUGCAUACCUCACCCCCGAUCUCGUCCAUUAUCAAAGUUCUGCCGCCUCUUUAUUCUUUGCCAAUGAUCAGAUUAUAAAGUUGAAAUCAAUCAACAAUAUUGGCCAAGUGUACUAA